AUGGCGAACAUUAUCUCAGGCGCCGACAUCUAUGGGCCUGGAUCAUGGAUCGAUCACGAUGCCCCAGCCGUCCCCGACGAUGCGCUCCGGCUUUUUGAAUCGCUUGCGGCGGUGACCCCAGGCUUCACGCAAGAUAAAGAGAUGUGGAAGUCUGUUUCGUUCCAAGGCUCGCCGCAGACAAUCGCCCCUGGCCCACUCAAGUCUCCUGUCAUUGCCGCGGCAGUGCACGCCAUGUGCGGAGUGGUUGCCAACGAGCUCCUGGCCCUCCGAGACGGCGGCAGUCCUAUCCGCCAUGUUGGUAUCAACACAGACCAUGCUGCAUUCUGGCUUGGGUGUGUUGGCAUGGCCAAGCGCAACGGGUCAACCGUCCGAGAGUUGGCUAAACGGGGAGAGCUUGCGGGCAUCUUCUCCAAGGACCUGGAGAAGGGCACGUUUGCAACGCCUCUGCGACUCCGCGCGACAGCCAACUAUCCGACCAAAGAUGAGGGGCUCUGGUACCAGCUCCAUGGCUCGCUCGAUGCGGGUCCUGUGCUGCAAGCCGUUGGCCUGGACGCAGAGACACCUUGCAGCGGGCUCGAUGAAGCCUACAAGCUCAUCGGCAAACACGUGCGGAAGUUUGGCGCUCACGAGCUGGAAGGCAUCAAUAUUGAGCGUGGCCUCUGUGGGAGUAUCUGCUAUACUCCGGAGUCGUGGAGGCAGACGCGGAUGAGCAAAGACCUCUCCAAACACCCUCUAGUAAACUACAAGUUGCAGUCACACGCCAUCCCUACACCAGCGAUUCCUUUGAGCCCCGGCUCCGACAAGCGACCUUUGGCUGGCAUCAAAGUAGUGGAAAUUGUGCGGAUCAUUGCAGGCCCAGUGAUUGGAACGACGUUGGCGGCACUAGGAGCUGACGUUGUCCGCAUCAACUGCAGCAGGCUACCAGACUUCAAUUCUUUGCAACUCACGCUCAACGCCGGAGUUCGCACGUUGGACAUUGACUUUGACAAAGAGGACGAGCUCCAGCACCUUCUCAGUCUCAUCCAGGACGCCGACAUCUUCGUCCAGGGCUACCGUUCAGGGUCCCUAGCCAGGAGAGGAAUGGGCCUCCACGACCUCUUGGAGAUAGCCGGAAAACGGAGCAAGGGCAUCGUCUACGUCGAAGAGAAUUGCUACGGACCAAACGGCCCCAUGCACGAGCGCCCAGGCUGGCAGCAGGUAGCCGACGCCGCCUCUGGAUGUUCAUAUGUCACCGGAAGAAGUCUGGGUCAUACAGACGGCACUUGCGUAUUGCCGGCUCUCCCUGUCCCAGACAUGUUGACCGGUUUGAUUGGCGCUAUUGGGGCUAUGAUGGCUAUAAGAGACCGCACGCGUCAGGGAGGCUCCUAUCACGUCUUCGCCUCACUCAUGGCGGCAGCCGCCAUGCCCUUGCAGCCAGACGUCGGCCUAUACUCUCCCGAAGCUGUGAAACAGUGCAAUGAAAGAUUCCAGUGGGGCGGAACUGGUCCAGAGCUAUUCGUCCUAGAGCUGCUAGAUGUUGUGCUUAAGGGAUGGGCCGAUGUGUUUCCCGACCACUUUGGGCCGGAAUCGCCAUGUUUCACCCAGCUGAAAGACAUCAAGGGCAGUGACAUGAAGACUGAACACGAGCACUGCGAAGAUGCUGGAAGCGAUGUUGUGGCUGGUGGCGGCUUGCAUCGUCGCCUCAACAACAGGCAGAUACAGCUUAUUACCAUUGGCGGAACCAUUGGCACUGGUCUAUUCGUGAGCAUCGGGGCUGCUCUCGCCAAGGGGGGACCUGUGAAUCUUCUGACCUGCUUCCUGCUCUAUUCUUGUGUGGUGGCCCUCGUCAACAACUCCAUUGCCGAGAUGGUCACAUAUAUGCCUGUUUCUGGGGGGUUUAUUCGCCUUGCGGGCGAUUGGUUCGAUGAUGCCUUAGGAUUCAUGGUCGGCUGGAAUUUCUUCUUGUACGAGGCUCUUCUCAUUCCCUUUGAGAUGGUGGCACUGAAUAUCGUAUUAUCCUUUUGGGCUCCUGGCAUCUCGGAACCUGGGCCUUUGGCUGGAUUUUGUGUAGGGGUUAUUGUCUCCUAUGGUAUUAUCAACCCCGUUGCGGUGAAUAUCUUUGGCGAAGCCGAGUUUUGGCUUUCAGCAGGGAAGGUCACUCUGGCAUUCAUGCUUUUCGGCUUUACAAUCAUCACUAUGGCUGGCGGGAACCCUCAAGGAGAUGCAUACGGGUUCCGGAACUGGCACACCCCUGGUGCCUUUGCGACUUUUACUUCCACUGGAGACCUCGGCCGCCUUGAAGGGUUUAUGGGCGUAUUGAUCACCGCGGUAUUCAUCAUUGUCGGGCCCGACUAUAACUCUAUGGUGGCCGCUGAGGCAAAGCACCCCAGCCGAUAUAUCAAGUCAGCCUUCAAGACAGUAUACCUUCGCUUCGGUAUCUUUUUUGUUGGAAGUGCUGUGGCAGUAGGGAUUGUGAUUCCCUACGAUGAUACGAAGCUACGAAGCAUCCACAUCGAUGGUCAGGGCACCGGGACCUCCAAUGCCUCGCCAUAUGUCAUCGCGAUGCAGAAUAUGGGCAUCACUAUCCUUGCCCAUAUCAUUAACGCCUUGCUAUCCCUCGAGGGUCAUGCUCCAGCUUUUCUCAAGCGGGUCAAAAAGUCUGGCAUCCCCAUCAAUUGCUUUGCCGUUACCAUGGCCUUCCCGUUUUUGGCAUUUCUACAGGCCAACAGCGGCUCUGCAAAGGUUCUGAGUACCCUCAUCUCCGUCAUUGCUGGUGGUUGUCUUGUCAACUAUAUCGUCAUACUGAUCACCUUUCUAUCUUAUCAUAAAGGCUGCAAAGCUCAAGGCGUCGAUCGCAGAAGCGGACCAUAUUAUGGUUACCUUCAACCCUACGGUGCCUGGGUAGCUCUGGUCCUGAAGAUAGCUAUCGCAUUUUCCAAUGGAUACACCGCGUUUCGCCCUUGCAAUACCUCCGAUGUCUUCGCCAACUAUACCAUGCAGCUUCUUGCACCUGUGUUGUACACAGGAUGGAAGUUGGCCAAAAAGACACAGAUCAAAAAAGCCCAUGAGGUAGACCUUCAAUGGGCUCGGUCAAGCAUUGAUCGGUAUGAAGCUGAAGCACUGGUCAAGGAUCCGCCUUCGAGCUUCUGGGGAGAGAUGGCGUCGUUGAUAGGCUUUGGCAAGAAUAAUUUGUAA